CAUCUCCCCCAAGAUGGUUAAUUAAUGGUUAAUCACAGCAUAUGUGACAUGUUAGAAGCAAGUUCACAGAAUUCAGUGUGAUUUACUUUCAGGGAACUGUGAUGUUUGUAGUCUUUAUGUUUGCAUGAAAGUAAGCAGGAAAAAAUACCAUGAUUACCAUGUCAUAGUUUAAUAAAUAAUAUGCUUGUGAGUAUGUGUUAAUAUGCUAUAUUUGGAUUUCCUGGCUAUAAAAAGCUUUAAGUGAAAACUGACCUUCAGCACCCGUUGGAUUACUGGGUAUAUCACUGCUGUCUGCUGCAAAACAGAGUCAGAGACAGUUGAAACAUACAUCUCUUAUUCCUGAAGAUGGCCAAAGAGCCUUUAUCUCUGUGUGUCCUGAACAAGACAUUAAACAGAAUUGAAAACAAGCUGCAAACUAUAAAGUCACAAUAUACUGUAUUAGAUUCCAGCAUUCAGAAAUUAUCAGAGAAGUUUGACUUUUGGAAUAUGGUUCUGGAGCAAGAUGAGAUGUGGACAUCACUGCUAGAAGACAGGUUUAAUUCUGUAGAGAUAAACCUCUUCCAUAGCUAUAUCUGUGAAACUUUUCAUUGCCUACAUUCUCAAGUGAUAGAAAGAGUGCCUGAUCUUGCCAGAGCCUUGCCUACACUAUCGUCUGUUCUGAGGAGGAAAGGUAAAAACCAAAGAAUUCAGUUAGCAUGGGAAUCAGCACUGGAGAUACUGGGACUCCAGGAAGAAGAUGUUAAAGCUCUCUGUGCAUUUUUCAUUACCUACAGCCAAGAUGCAAAUUACUAUCCUGAUAAACAAAGACAAGAUUAUACCCAAGAUAUCCACUCUGUUAUAAACAAAGUGGUGAAAAAUCAGGUCCUUCACCACAGCCUGUUAUGUGCUAUUAAUGUAGUGGAAAACAAGAAAGUUUAAAGAUAAUUCUAAAGAGCAAAAAAUAUUCUGCAACAAUACUUUUCCUCCAGAAACAUAUGAUCUAAAAUGAUUUAUAAGGGGAAAUAUUUGAUUCAAAUUUAUUGAAAGUGGCUUGAUGCAAAACCUUUUGUUUACAUAUAAUUGGGGAAAGUACUACUAGCCUACUUUACAGAGUUGUGGAACAGGUUAUGUAGAUAAUGUUUGUGAAGUGAACACUAGAAAGCACAAUGUAAGUGCUGGAACAUUUCUGUUCUGUCUAUAACAUCUUUAAAAAUUCUUCCAUUAGCUACUUCAGUAGGUGGGUAGACUGCAGUUAUCAAGUACCUCAUUUUGUUGUUUCCCAUGUGAGAUAUGUGUAAUACUUGAACACUAAUGGAAUUU